AUGUUCAAGUUCGUUUUGCAGUCUCCCCGUGAGCUUACAUCGGAAAUGAAGCUACAAAUGGAAGAGAGGUGGCGCAGUAAACUCGGUGACGCUCGAUUUCAACCGUCCGCUACGGAAAACCCAAAACGUUACGUGCUGGCUAUGUUCCCAUAUCCCUCCGGUAAUCUGCACAUGGGUCACGUCCGCGUGUACACUAUCAGCGAUGCAAUGGCUCGCUUCUAUCGACUAAACGGUGCCAACGUACUGCAUCCAAUGGGUUGGGAUGCAUUUGGAUUGCCGGCCGAAAAUGCUGCCCUCCAGCGUCGCAUUCCGGCGGACACGUGGACCCAGCGCAAUAUCACCGAAAUGCGCAAACAGCUCGAACUGCUUGCGUUUAGCUUCGAUUGGGAUCGUGAGCUGGCGACGUGCGAUGCCACAUAUUACCGCUGGACACAGCAACUGUUUCUGAUGCUGUUCAAGGAUGGCCUGGCGUAUCAACGAGAGGCACACGUCAAUUGGGAUCCCGUCGAUCAAACGGUGCUCGCCGAUGAGCAGGUUGACGACAAUGGGUGUUCCUGGCGUUCGGGGGCCAAGGUGGAAAAGAGGGUACUACGCCAGUGGUUCAUCAAGACGACACGGUUCGCUAAACCGCUUCUGGAUGGAUUAAACGAUACAGAACUGGAGGACUGGAAGGACAUCAUAAAACUUCAGCGUCACUGGAUUGGCGAGUGUGAUGGAUACGCAUUCGAACUUCCGGUGGCUGGGGGCCGGAAUGAAAGUGUUUCGAUCUGGACCCGGGAACCGAGCGAUUUGAAAAACGCUCUCUUCAUCGUUUUACAUCCCGCCAAUCUUUUCAACAGCAGCAAACGAACGGAUUGUAGUCUCGAGCUCCGAUGCGAAAAUCCCUUCACAGGCCGCACACUCCCCGUAAUUGUGUGCGAGGAUGUUCCGUUUGCGGAAGGUUGUGAUACGUACCUGGCCGUGGAUAGCGAGGAGAAUCGACAACUCGCCCAAAGGGUUGGUUUGACAAUUUUGGAGGACGAUCGUAGUAGUAAGAAUGAUACGGCAUCAAAUGAAGAAAUCCUGCAGCAAGCCUUGUCGCGACGGAUUGGUGGCCAUGCCGUCAGUUCGAAGCUUCGUGAUUGGCUUAUCUCGCGGCAACGGUUUUGGGGUACGCCAAUUCCGAUCGUUCACUGCCCAACCUGUGGUCCGGUUCCGGUGCCAGAAUCAGAGCUUCCGGUGCGGCUUCCUACCGAUUCCGUUGGUGUUCCGUUGGCCCAGAACCGUGAGUGGUUACGGACGGAGUGCCCUUCCUGUAGGCGAACCGAUUGCGUCCGGGAAUCCGACACGAUGGACACGUUUGUCGACAGUUCGUGGUAUUUCUUACGUUUCAUUGAUCCACACAAUCGGGAGGCAAUGUUUGAUCGGUCCGCGGCCCAUCACCUGAUGCCGGUGGAUCUCUACGUCGGUGGAAAGGAGCACGCGGUACUACAUCUUUAUUAUGCACGUUUCGUGGCACAUUAUCUGCACAGCAAGGGAUUACUGCCAUCGCCGGAACCGUUUAAACGGUUGCUCGUGCAAGGAAUGGUAAUGGGCCGUUCGUUCCGUGUGGUUAGCAAUGGAAAGUACCUUCCGGCGACGGAGGCAGAGAUUGUAGACGAAAAGGACAACCGUGCCAUUGAACGGGCCACAGGAGAACCCGUGACGAUGUUGUGGGAGAAAAUGUCCAAAUCGAAGCUGAACGGGGUUGAUCCGUUGGAAGUUCUGCGGCAGCACGGAUGCGAUACGCUGCGACUCAUUCUGCUGGCUGAUGUUGCACCCACCUCCCAUCGCAAUUGGUCCGAGGCCACCUUUCCAGGGAUCUUGAACUGGCAAAAGCGAAUCUGGAUGACGGUGCACGAUUUUCGGGAGAUUCGCUCAAAAGUCGGAACACCCGAAGGGAUGGUGCUCCCCAACGCGACGGAAGAGUACACCCAGCACGAGCACCAGCUGUGGGAUGCUCGUAACUACUUUACCGCCGGCGUGACGUUCAACUAUCGCCAUUCACAUCAGUUGAGUGUUGGGAUUUCGAAGAUGCAAGGCCUCACGAACGCUAUUCGUAGGGUACCGUCGGCGGUAGUUGCUUUCAGUGCACAGUACGAACGGGCACUGGCGGCGCAGAUCGUGAUGCUAGCACCGAUGGCACCACACUUUGCCACGGAACUCUGGUCCCAGUUUGUGGCCGUCCCCAAUCGUGCAGCGAACGAUGCGGAGUAUGAUGGAAUACGGUGGAACGGCGGAGUGUUUGACCAACGGUGGCCACAGAUUGAUGAACACUUUCCGCUUGAUUUAACAUUCAAGAUUAAUGGCGCAGAGUGUUGCAUUUUGAAGAUUCCGGCCAAACGCUUCAACCAACUCACCCACCAAGAGUCGCUCGAUUUGGCCCUACGGCAGGAACCGAUCGUGAAGCUGAUCGGCAAGCGACCGCUGCGGACGAGCGAUUUCACGCUGUACCCGAGCUGCGAAGCGUUUCUCGCUGUGGAACUUGACCGAGCGGUCGACAGUGACGCCGGCGAACCGGAUAAGGCGAAAAAGAAGGAGAAGAAGGAAAAGAAACACAAGAAAAAGAAGAACCUACAGGUAGUGCACAUCGGUUAA